CCCCUGCGUUUCCGAGAGCAUAUAUUGCGUCUUAGAACUAGAAUAAGCUUCUUCUCCAAUUUUCCUUUCUCAUUUGGCCUCGCUUCCCGGUUUGGCUGCGUUAUUGUGAAGCAAAAUAAGCCGAGUUCUGUUACUCUCAGUGUAAUGGAGGAGCAAACCCUUUUCAGUAAAUUGAUGAUAAAUCUUCGUGCUACUUGCAAGUACUACACUGGCUACCCGAAGGAUCUUGGACCAUCAAAGGUUAUUCACUUUACCUCAGAGCGGGAGUUUGUCCAGCUUCUUCAUCAAGGACAUCCUGUGGUUGUUGCAUUCACUAUCAAGGGUAACUAUACAAGACAUCUUGACAAAGUAUUGGAGGAAGCUGCAGCUGAGUUUUAUCCGAAUGUAAAUUUUUUACGUGUUGAGUGCCCAAAGUAUCCUGGGUUUUGCAUAACACGGCAAAGGAAGGAAUAUCCUUUUGUAGAGAUAUUUCAUAGCCCAGAACAAGCACUUAAUCAGGGUAAGGCUGCAGAUCCAAAUAUAACAAGAUACUCUGUAAAAGUUUUACCGUUCAACUAUGAUCUCAGUGCAUAUGGAUUUAGAGAGUUUUUCAAGCGCCAUGGAAUUCGAUCAUCUGAUCCUCAGUGAAUUGUGGAAUGCACUGAUUUUUCUAUUUUAUGGGAGCCGUAUAAAAUCUUCCAUUUCAACGGUGGCGGCCAAGGAUUUGCAGAAACUGGUAAUUAGUGUUAAAUAUAGAUUAAACGUUGUUGAAGUUGCAUCAAGUGAGACAGCCAUAUUAAAGCUUCUCACUGUCAUUAUUUUGCUUAGUGAUUCCCUGGUAGUUCAAUAACUGAAGCAUAAAAAGAUAUAAUUUACUUUUUAUGUAUCAAUAGGAUAUACCAUUUUUCUGUUCAAUGGCCAGCAGAAUAGCAUUUAUUCAUGUUUCAAUAGUUUGGAAGUGGUGUGUGCUUCUUUUGGGAACUAUGUGAUAAGGGUAUAAAUGUUGUAUGAGGUGGGAUGAUGUGUUUGCAUAAUUGGAUACCCUAGUCAUAUUUUA